AUGGCACUUAAACAUUUCUAUAUGCGAAAUAUUUAUGGUGCUAAUAAGAAUAUUGACAAAUUAGUAGCAGAAGACUUGCACAAAUCAUAUUCAGCUAAUCAUUGGAAGGUUAUAAGAGAACUCUUUCAAAUACUAGGCUUUACUGGUAUAGACGAUAAGCAUAUUCUUUAUAGUAAUAUGAUAUCAGAAGCAUUCAUAUAA